AUAGAACUAUUACUAAGAUACCACAAUCUUGACUUCCGAGUUGGACUUCGGUAUUGUAUUGUUAUAACGUUGUCGAACCAUGGUUGAACUAACACUCGCGUGCACUUCAGUCAGAAUUAACGAGUUGAGUACUUUAUCUUGACCUGAUAUUCAGCGAUUUCAGUAGGCCUAUCAGGGACCAAGCGCAAAGGCUAUGCUUAAUAUAAAUAUUCCUGGAUCCGCCCUUAACUAAGUGUACAAACGAACUCUCCACCACAUAUCGUUGAGUGCAGUUCUCUGCUCCUGUUCUUCGGUGCUAGACGUACAGUAAAACCUAUUACCAUCACGUAACAUGGCCAAUGAAACAAACUACAUAGAAGCAGGCGUAGAGGCAGCAGAAAGACUACUAGGUAUAUACAAGGACAGUGAAAGCUGGAGGGAGACUAAGAAGACAGAAGAUAUCAUUGUAUACGGCAAGCAGUCCACAGAGUUCGGUGGCCACAUAUAUAAAGCUGAACUUGUCGUAGACGGUGCACAGGAUGUUGCAAUGAAGACUUGGCUACCACAUCCAUUGGGAACAAGGAUGGAAUGGGACAGUUUCCUGGAAUUGUGUGAAAUCAUUAAAGAUUUCGGUGAUGAUACAAUGAUCAUGCGAACAGUUUCUAAGAGCAUAGCAAUGGGCUUGAUAUCAAAACGCGAAUUCUGUGACAUCGUAAAAAUCAGCCAUUAUACCGAUCUACAAGCUAUAAGUUCCAGUUGUUAUAGCAUAGAAUACCCGGACUGCCCAAUCCAAAGCAGCUACGUACGUGGUAAAAACUACGCAUGCGGAGCGUUCUUUCGAGCAGUGUCGGGUGAAGAAAACAAAUGCGAGAUGACGUACAUUGUGCAAUCCGAUAUUGGCGGUAUGCUUCCAAGGACUCUAGUGGAUAGCGCGGUACCAAACAACAUGGUGAAGAUGAUGCAGACGUUCAAAUCAGCAGUAGCCAAUAAAUAAGCGUUUAUGAAAAUCAUCGAAUUAAAAAAAGCAAUUGCAACUGGGAAUAUUAAAACACAUAUACCUUUCCUAAGCACAUAACGUUGCCACAUUAAUUUCUAUCCAUAUUAUGGCUAAGUUAAAAAAUUCCACGGGGAAGGUCUGAACAAAUUUUCCUAGGAACUACAGUGAAGGUCACAGAGUAAGACCAGUGGUAGCCAUAUUAAGGGAAGAGAUUAUAUAGUGUGGGAUAAUAAAAAUUGUGCUUUUAUAUUUCAGUCCAACGACCUCAAGUACCAUCCGAUGACAGUGGUCUAUGAUUAUUGACUAUGUGGUGGGGGUGGUGGAAGGGGAAUGCAUGCACAAAUGUAUUUGUCAAGCACAACAUAAUAACUUAACAUUGUGUAUUUAACAUUCAUAAUGAGAAAUAAAAAUAUGAAAAUCAUUA